AUGGAGGCUGAUCUUUCAGCAAAUAUUCUAUCAGAACUUCCAGAGACAUUCACCAAACUGCGUAAUCUAAAGACGCUGGAGCUGAACAACACGGGAGUAAAGACGCUGCCAUCGGUUUUAUUCAAGAUGUGUUUGCAGCUCUCAACAUUAGGACUCCAUAACACUGAGAUAACCGUUGAAUCUCUCCGCCAGUUGGAAGGAUGGGAUGAGUUUGAUGAGAGAAGACGUACGAAGCAUCAGAAGCAGCUUGAUUUUCGGGUUGUUGGGUCUGGUGAGUUCGACGAAGGCGCUGACAAAUCUUGGUGA